AUGCUUCGUCUGCACAAUUCUAUUCGUCCAGCAUUUCGCUCUCGUAGAUGGGCUCAUAAUGUCCCUACGCUUUCUCACCUGAACUCUGUCAACGAAGAGGAUCUUGCACACUUUUCCAGAAUCCUUUCACCCACAUCUAUACUAUCAACUUUACCAUCAAUAUCCACCCCCGCAGAUGAUAUUGCGCCCUAUAACGUCGACUGGAUGGGAAAAUACCAUGGUCAAGCCAACUCUGUACUUCGACCCCGCACAACACAACAAGUCAGCGAAAUUGUCAAGUAUUGCGCUCAGCGUAAAAUUGGAAUCGUCCCCCAAGGUGGUAAUACUGGCCUAGUCGGUGGUGGUAUCUCCUUACGGAAAGAAAUUGUCCUCAGCUUGGGCGCGAUGAACAAUGUUCGGUCUUUUGACCCUGUUUCUGGUAUUCUUGUCGCCGAUGCCGGGUGCAUUCUCCAAUCCCUAAGUGAAUAUGUUGCCCCUCACAAUCACAUCAUGCCCCUAGAUCUCGGUGCAAAGGGAAGCUGUCAAAUCGGUGGUAAUAUUUCUACAAACGCAGGUGGUCUCCGACUCCUACGUUACGGUUCUCUGCAUGGCACUGUCCUCGGAUUAGAAGUAGUUCUACCAGAUGGUACAAUCUUGGACCAGCUGUCAACCCUGCGAAAGGAUAACACCGGCUAUGACCUUAAGCAACUCUUCAUUGGCGCAGAGGGUACGCUCGGUAUUGUUACCGGGGUCUCCAUCCUCACGCCUCCUGCACCCCAGGCCACCAAUAACAUAUUUUUGGCAUUACCCCGCUUCGCCAAUGUUUUACCACUCUUCCAAACUGUGAAACGCCAACUUGGAGAAAUUAUGUCCGCUUUCGAGUACAUCGACCGCACUGCUUAUGAUAUGGGUUUGCAGCAUGGUCUUGGCCCUUUGCUCAGCGCAGAUGAGGUUGGCGACUCGCAAUGUUUUGUACUCGUGGAAACCAGCGGUGGGAACCAGGAUCACGAUUUAGAGAAACUCAACAAUCUUCUGGAAAACUUGCUGACCGCUGAUGAACCGCUAAUCAACACCGGUGUUCUUUCCCAGUCACCCACUCAAUUCAACUCCAUAUGGGCUCUGCGUGAAGGCUUGACUGAGUGUGUUCAGAAAGAAGGCAAACCAUAUAAAUAUGACGUUUCUGUCCCGCUUGCAGACUUCCAAAAUGUCGUUGAUGCUGUUCGGGAGCGCAUGAUUUCGAAAGGGAUGUACGGAGACCACGCAAUUUCCAAGGUCAUGGGAUACGGCCACGUUGGUGACGGAAACUUGCAUCUCAAUGUCAUCGCCAAGCAUGGAUACCGCCCGGAGCUUGAGGCAGCUCUGGAGCCUUUCAUUUAUGAAAUUGUUGCUGACCGCAAGGGCUCCGUGUCCGCAGAGCAUGGCAUUGGAUCAAUGAAGAGGGAUGCGUUGCAUUACUCUAAGAGCGAUGUUAGCAUUGACUGGAUGAGGAAGAUCAAACAGGUCUUUGAUCCCUUGAAUAUCAUGAACCCCGGCAAAGUUAUUCCAUAG